AUGGCAACUCGUCAUAGACCCAAACUGCCAGCCCGAGAUGCCAGAGACUCCACGCCUGGACCCUCGGACAAAGGAAAAGGACCAAGCAAGCAGGCUGGAGGUAAUGCCGAUCGUGAACGAGAUGUUUGUGCUUCGACUGAGGCGACGAUAGUAUUCAAAGACAGAUCAAGCAGCUUCUUCCGGCGCGGCCGAGUGAUCGUGAUAUACUGGCACGAGAAAGCAGGCCGCGAAAACCCGAGCAACGAACAAGCGAUCACUUCGGAGCCGCGCCGUGGUGAUCGGAUCUUCUCGAAAGAUCGGUACAUGAUUGUCCUCGCUCCUUAUGAGCGGCACUGUAUCUGCGUACCGAUCCAGACUUACGGCGGGCAAGGCGUUGCAAAAUCUGGUGUCAACCCUCGUCACCAUGCUAUCGUUUACAUCGGACAGUGUCCGGGCUUGACCGACGACGAAGAAGAUUACAGGCAUUCCAUGAUGCCUCAGAUCAAGGUCACGCCCGAUUUUGGCGCUGAGGAGCCUGCACCCAGAAAUGACUCCAUUCUGCAUUGGUAUACGCCGGGAAGCGGCCCAGGAACUGGGCCCUUUCUCCACCCAGUCUCACGCAUCAACUACAGCGAGUUUUACACUGUGCACUACAACACCAUGGUGAAGUCGGUAGGGGAUGUUGACCAGGGCUAUAUCGAACGCUUCAUUCGAACCAGCUGGGCUGUCUUCGGAACUUCUGCCUAUAAUUACACCGUCGAAGACAUUCGAACAAUUCGUAAACGCUGCUUAGACGCAGAAGCGGCGCUGCAAGAAAUGCGAGAGCAGCUUGAUACACUACGCGCAGCUACCCAAGACCAAGGCAAUGUAGAUGACAACAGUAACGACGACGACGACGACGAUGAUGAUGAUGACGACGACGACGAUAACGACACUCCAGACGACAGCGACUGA